GUUUGAAAUUGAUUAAAUAUACAAUUGAUAGUAGACAAUUUUUUCCCCUCUUUGGCAACCGAAUCUCUAAUUAAAAUGUUGUCGAUUUUAAUAGAAAUGUCUCUACUAUCGAUUGUUACAAUAUGUCAGUGUCACUUUCAUAGCUUGCUGUCAAUGUCAAAUCAUCGAAUUGUCAAUAAAAGUCAUCAGCCUCUGAUACUACGAUGUUAUUUUUAUUUACGUUUACGUAAUUUUGAUGAGUGUUUUAAUAUCUAUUCGUAGAAAAUAGCUAAAAAGAUGUAUACUACCUGCGGCACCAGCAAAUUACUUGUAAACGUGAAAACUAUAGUUAUGCGGACAGCACAGUUCUCUUCAAGACCUGCAGCUUCAGAAGUCCUAACUGCUUAUUUAAUUCAAUGUAAUGAACCGCCUUGGACCUCCUAUUUUGUUAAGUACAGUAGUGUGAAGAAUGAUCAAUUUGGAAUGUCAAACUUUAAUUGGAAAGCUGGGAGUUCAAACUAUCAAAUAUUAAGGACUGGCUGUUUCCCUUACAUCAAAUAUCACUGCUCUAAGAAAAAAGCAGAAGAUUUAGAAGUAUCAGACAAAUUCAUGAGAGCUAUCAAAGUUAUUAACUUUGGAAUACCCUGUCUGCUCUAUGGCCUGGCAGCAACUCAACUAAUUAGACAUAAGGAAAUAGUGCAUACUUCUAAGGGACCUGUCACAAUAUACUUCCUAAUACCAGAAGAUAAAGGAUCAAGCUACUGACUUGUAUUACCAUAAUUUAUUAAAUCUACUAUAUUAUAUUUGACUUAAAUGUGAAAUGCUUGUUAAGUUUUAUUUUGGAGUAGAAAACAAGCCAAUUUGUGAAAAACCCAAAUGAUUUUCAUUUCAACUCCGUAAUAGACAUUUUCAAAAAUUUGUGUUACAUAAUGUUUACAUAAAACUAUUUUCAUAGAAACUGAACUGAAUAAAUAAAGUAGGAGGAAUAUAAUAUGGGCAAUUGUUUACAAAUCGCGUUAAAGCGAAUUAUUGCUUGCAUUUUUAAAACAGGAGGGUU